AUCCAUUCAUAGAAAUUACAAAAGUUUCCAAAUUAUAAUUGAAAACAUGAGAGCUUCAACUUUUGCCUUCCUUCCUCUCUUCUUUUUCUUGGUGGCUAAUACUGCAUCCUCAAGAAAAGAUGGAGGUGAAUACUGGAGAACAAUGAUGAAAGAUGAGGCCAUGCCUCAAGUUCAAGUAAUACAAGGCCUUCUUCAUCAUAAUUCUCCUUUGAUUCAAUCUGAAACUAAACCUCAAUCCCACAAUCAUCUUGUUGAAGGAUUGAAUCACAAAUGUGAUGAUGAAGGUGAGGCUCUUGUUACAUUAGAAAAGAUAUUCAUACAAGAUAUUGAAGCUAGACCCACCAUUACAGCAGCUUAUGAUGAUGGUUUUGAACCUAGGCCAAGUGUGACAUCUUACAACAAUGGCAAUCUUGGUGCCAAAGAGAAAAGAUUUAGUGAAGAUUUUGAGCCGAGAUCCAGUAUAACAUCUUACAAUAAUGGCAAUCUUGGUGCUCGGAAAAAAAGAUUCACUGAAGAUUUUGAGCCUAAGCUUAGUGUAACAUCUUACAACAAUGGAGAUCUUGGUGCUAGAGAAAAAGGAUUCACCAAAGAUUUUAAACUUAGACCAAGUGUGACAUCUUACAACAAUGAUGAUCUUGGUGCUGAAGAGAGAAGAUUCAUAGAAGAUUUUGAUCCCAAGCCCAAUGUAACAUCUUACAAUAAUGACAAUCUUGGUACUAAAGAGAGAAGAUUCAUAGAAGAUUUUGAGCUCAGGCCCAGUGUGACAUCUUACAAAGAUGGCAAUCUUAGUGCUAAAGAGAGAAGAUUCACGAAAGAUUUUGAGCCUAGACCCAGUGUGACAUCUUACAACAAUGGUGAUCUUGGUGCUAAACAGAGAAGAUUCACGGAAGAUUUUGAGCCUAGGCUCAGUGUUACAUCUUAUAAUGAUGGUGAUCUUGGUGCUAAAGAGAAAAGAUUUACGAAAGAUUUUGAGCCUAGGCUCAGUGUUACAUCUUACAAGAAUGGCGAUUUUGGGGUUAAAGCGAAAAGAUUCACAAAAGAUUUAAAGCCCACGCCUAGUGUAACAUCUUACAAUAAUGGUGAUCUUGGUGUUAAAGAGAAAAGAUCCACAAAAGAUUUUGAGCCCAAGCCUAGUGUGACAUCUUACAACAAUGGCAAUCUGAAUGCUAGAGAGAAAAGAUUGAUCACCAAUUUGGAGCCUAGAUUGAGUGUAACAUCUUACAAUAAUGACAAGUUUGGUGUUCAAGAAAAAAGUUCUACUUUUGAGCCUAGACCAAGUAUUACAUCUUACAACAAUGAUGAUCUUGAUGCUCAUAAAAAAAAGUUGACCAAGGAUUUGAACCUCGACCCAAUGACUCAGUUUGUAGUGAUGAUGUGAAAAGUGACUUCAAGCCUACUAGGGUUGAAUGUGUCUAUCUUUUAUUGAAUAAAUGAUGAAGAGGAUGAAUAGUCCUUUUGAAGAUGAAGGUUAAAAAGGUCAUGUGUGUAUGCUAUGUGUGUAUUAUCGCAAGUAAUACAUAUGGUGUGGCUUGUUAUGUUUUUAAGUUGAAAAUGAAAAAUGUAACAAAAUAAAUGAGUGACUUAGAGAGAACUAUUUCAUGCUACAA